UACAAUGAGACGCACUCCUUCGCCGAACCAUCUGCUCGCCGCCGCCGUUGCCGCCGCCGACGCCACCUCAACAGCUGCCCUCACUACCACCUUAAUUAUGUCUUCGUGCCACCAUUACCGAGGACGUGGGAGAGGAUUCUCCGGGCGCUCCUACUCCAGUGGGAGAGGACAGAACGUUACUGGCGACGAUCACUUCCGGUCAGUACGCGACACCAAUUUGGGAAUCCGGCGAGGAGAGAGAGGAAGAUUCUCGAACCAAACACCAUCGCAGCAGCAGCAGCAGUAUCAGAAUCAGUCUUAUCAUAGGGUUCCUCCGCCGCCGCAGCUUCAGAAUCAGUCUUAUAAUAGGGUUCCUCCGCCGCCUCAGCUUCAGUAUCAGUCUUAUAAUAGGGCUCCUUCGCCGCCUCAGCUUCAAAACUGUCAAUUUCGCCACCCUGCGCCGCAGUUUCGGCCACCGCCUCCGCAGUAUGAUCACCGCAGGCCAGCGUUUCGUCCGCUGCAGAAUCUCCGCCCACGGCCCCCGGACUAUCGAGAGUGGGAACUUGCAACAGCGCCGUCGCCUCCUCCUCAUUGUGAACGGUUUAUAAUUGUGUCCUAUAAUAUAUUGGCUGACUACCUUGCUUUGGACCACCGGAGUAAACUUUACUUCCACAUACCACGACACAUAUUGGACUGGCAGUGGAGAAAGAAGAAUCUAAUUUUUGAGCUUGGUUUGUGGUCAGCUGAUAUCAUGUGUUUACAGGAGGUUGACAGAUUUAAUGAGUUGGCCGAGGAAUUGAAGCUCAAGGGCUACAGUGGCUGCUGGAAGAUGCGUACAGGCAAUCCAGUUGAUGGAUGUGCAAUCUUUUGGCGAACAUCAAGGUUCAAUUUGUUAUAUGAAGAAUGCAUUGAGUUUAAUAAGCUGGGACUUAGAGAUAAUGUUGCACAGAUAUGUGUACUAGAGUUCAAAACUCAAAAUGGAUCUGUCCCGUCAAGCACGAAAGGUUCAAGUAAAGUUGUGGUUUGUAACAUUCAUGUGCUUUAUAAUCCUAAUAGAGGAGAAAUUAAGCUUGGCCAGGUCAGAGUGCUAAUUGAUAGGGCUAAAGCUGUUUCUGAACUCUGGAAUAAUGCUCCUGUUGUUAUCUGUGGCGAUUUUAAUUGCACCCCUAAGAGUCCUUUGUACAACUAUAUCUCAGAACAGAAGUUAGAUUUGUCUGGAAUAGAUAGGAAUAAGGUAUCAGGACAAGCUUCUGCUGUAAUUUGUGCAUCAAGAUUUUAUGGUCCUAAUUCAAGAUCUGCUAAUGGUUCAGUUCAGACCGCAUCUAAUGGGGGUGACAAGGAAGUUAAUAUUGAACAAAAUAAUUCUUUGUCAGACAUGCAGAAUCCAGAUUCCAAGAGUAACAGUUCAGAGAAUCAAUUUUCUGACACUAUUUCGCAUAUGCCUGAUAAGUCUCUGACAAAUGUGCAGCAUGAUAAGGAGAGUGAUGCAUAUGCAAGAAGGGAUGUACAGGAUACUGCUGUUGAUCAUUGCAAGACUUUUGGUGAAAUUGAAAACAUUGAAGAGUCAAAUCCUACUUAUAGUGAAGAACAUGUAUUGGAUACUGUCCCAAGUUUAAAUCAAGGAGCAUCAAGUGAACAUGUAUCAGAUGCCGUCACUACUUCAAAGCAAGAAUCAUCAAGCAAAAUUUCCAGCUUACAUUUUCCUGAAGGAAAUGGAAAAUUGGAGUCUGAAUGCUCCUCGACGUCUCUCCAGGAAGAUGAUCAUUCUUCCAGGGUCAAUAUAGAUCUUGAGUCGACAAAUAUUCUCAAUGAAGAAAUUUGUUCAACUCCACUAUCCAGCCAGAAUCCAGUUUCUGAUUCUUUUGAAGAACCUGAUACUGGGUGCGGAGAAAGACCAUCUGAUGAGCUUCUCACCAAUGACAAAUUGAACAGCUCAUCAACCUCUGUAGUAGUAGAUAAAUCACAUCAAUCCGCCAACAUUGACUUUCCACUAGAAGAAAAACUAGAGAAAUUGUUCUUUGAUGAGGUAGAUAAAACCAUAGGCAAUGAAAAUAUGGAAGAUGACACGGCAUUCAUAUCAUCCUUUUAUAACACUGAAGAAGGUGUGAGUCUUGAUCUUGGUCCAUCAAUGAAAUCAAAUAUUGAAAAAUCAUAUGAGUUUGAGGAAUCAGAAUCUGCUUCCAACUUGCUGCUUGCAGAAAGCAAUGAAGUGGAUGGUGACUUGUCUUCAAGCUCAGCUUCUGAAUAUGUUAAUGCUGAGAGAACCACUUACAACCCCUCAUUUUGGACCCCAAUGGACAUAGAGACAGCAACAGGAAAUUCAGAGUGCACAUUCCUAGAGCAUCCUUUACCACUCAGGAGCACAUAUACUGAAGCUAUGGAUUCUUCAGGGACCAGAGACCCCCAUGGAGAGCCCCUGGUGACCAGUUAUAAUAGAUGCUUUUUGGGCACUGUUGACUACAUUUGGCGGUCCGAAGGUUUGCAGACAACCAGAGUUCUCGCUCCAAUACCUAAACAUGCCAUGGAAUGGACUCCUGGAUUUCCAACAAAGAAAUGGGGUAGUGAUCACAUUGCCUUGGCUUCAGAAUUGGCAAUCUUAAAAGAUGGUACCCAAGUCCGCAAUGAUGUUUAAUGGCACUUUGAUUCGCCCACCCGGGAGCUUUUUGCUAUUCUGACAUCAGAAGUGGUUCUAAGUCGGGCAAAAUUUUCCACUCUCGGCCAAUUGUUCUUACACAAAGGCAGAGACGAAUGGCAGCCUUAUUUAUUUCUUGGGGUAAAAUUUAUGUAUUAAGUAUAUCGAUGAUCAAGUUAAUGUUGUACAUCUUAAAUGAGUUGCAUGAUUUUGAUAAUAUUGAGUUGUUAGGCAAUAAGUUGAAAUGGAAGGAGCUAAUAUUUUGUAAGAUUUAUUUUUGUUGGUGAAAUGAAUGUGCCACAUAAUCACAUCGUAUGGACUAAAUUGCAUGAUUACUACAAUGUGAUCAAAUGGAAGGAUUGCGGGGCUUGUUCUCCUGAUCUCAUUACUCCUU